AUGGAGAAGACGAAACGUCAGCAGCAGAGCCCGGCUUCCGAGGAGCCAGUAGCGCCCAAGACGAAGAGGUCCAGGAACGGAUGUAAUGAGUGCAGGCGCCUUCAUCGGAGGUGUGAUGAGGGCAAGCCGGAGUGCCAGAAUUGCAAGGAUGCUGGCAAGAGCUGCAGCUACAACCGCACGCUGUCGUGGGGUGGCAGGCCGUUCAACAAGAGCCCCUUUCGGGCUGCUUUGGAGGGAGGUGUGGGGGAGAUCGCGACGGGCUCUUCGUUCCGAGAUUCCUCCAAGUCGUUCGUCUACGGCCAGGUCUCCAGCUCGAAAUCGACUCACCGCUCUGUGCUGGCACCCGGCCUGAAGAGGACGCAAAGCGUACCAUCUGCACCAACAAAGGAAACGACCCGUCAGUCAACAUGGUCAACAACAUCAGGAACACCUUCACCGCUGGCAUGGAUUCCGUGGUUGUCAGAGCACCACCGAACCUUGUUCGACCAUUUCGCCAAUGCCACGAUUCGCAUCUUCUCUGACAAUCCGGCAAUGCACCUAGCGAUCCGAUCGUUGACGGUACCAAUGGCCGCUGACACGAACCAUGGGUUUUCACUGUUGGCGGCGAUCUUGAGCCUUGCGUCGACGCAUAGGAUGAAUUUGGGGAUAGCGAGCGACCAGGCGGAGAUUGACUAUUGGCGAGAUAUGAGUGUUGGUCAUCUUCGGCGGCCGGGGAUACAGGAAGACGGAAUGACCGACAACGUAUUUGCAGCAACUGCAUUGAUGCUCUGCAUCCGCGACGCCAUCUCUAACGGCGAGCGACCACUUUCCUGGAGACUACACUUGCAAGGCGCCUCCACCAUCCUGCGAAAGAGCAGCUCGAAUCUAUCCCCCGUUGAGCAGGAGAUGCGUCGCAUGUUGACAAAGUUCGCGAUCUCGAUUCAGCUCCGCAGCUUGCUCCCCUCCUCGUCGACAUGCAGUCUGGACCGGAUGCAGCAAGACUUCGUUCCCGAUGCAUGCGGGAUGUCCCCAGAGUUGAUCCUGAUUAUGAAGGAUGUGCGGGCGCUGCGGCUUGAGAGGAUCGCAUUGCAGGCUAUCGAGUCUAACUCGGACAGCAGCAACAUGGGUCCACUGUGGUCGGCGUUGAAAGGGCGAUGUCUUGAAGUCAUUGUAAGCGCCGAAUCUAUCAUCGACGUCGAUGCCGCUAGGCUUGGUGGUGCGCCAGUUGUGCACGCGCUGUACGGUCAUGCUGCUGCUCUUCAAAUCUACUCUGGAGUGCUGCAGCUGAGCAACAACGACUCGGGCCUGCGGAGCUCGGUGAACGCUGCGAUGGCGCUCCUUCGCGCCUUAACUGAGAGGCCAGAUGCCGAGUUGAGCGUCAUGCUGCUCUUUCCGGUCCUCCAUAUUGGGAGUUUAGUGAUCGAGACCGAGGAUAAGCUUCUGGUGCGGUGGUUGUUAGCUCGCAUCGCUGCGGAGCAGGGGAGAGCCAACGCUACUCUUGCAGCUGCAGUCCUUGAAGAGCUGUGGAGUCGUAGUCUGGUGUGGGACGAUGAUACAGAACAGAUGGACCUAGCAGACUGGAUUGUGUCGAAGGGUUGGGAUUUGUCUCUAUGGUAG